CAUCCUGCGACCUGACGGGAUCGACGUGACCCGGGUUGCUUUAUUCCCAGCUCAAGUUUAAACUAUCUUGAGCCAUCGAUGCGGGCCCUGCAUAAGCCAACGCCUUGUUUGAGCUACCAUCCAUGGACGCGUUGCGGAGACGCUGGGUAUAAGUAUCGUGCGGAGCCGCGAUGCUGUCGCUCCAAUUCCCCGAUACGUACGCUCCAAUUCCCUGCCUGGUUGCUCUCUUUUCCCUCCGUUCAGUCCAAUUUGCUUGCAUCCAGUCUAUCCUUCUCCAGUCAUGCUAUUCCGUGUGCCAGCUCGAACUGCGUGGCAAGCUGCGCCCAAACUCACACAGCUAUCACGGGUCACGACUCGUGCUCCGCAAUGGGUCAGGAGAUAUGCGACACCGAGCAUGGAGCAGCAGGACCGGACCGCAAUUGUCACAGGCUCCUCUCGUGGCAUCGGCAAGGCUAUCGCUCUUCGGCUCGCUCGAGACGGCUACGACAUCUGCGUUAACGAUGUCCAAGCCAACCAAGCAGGAUGCGAGGAAGUCGUAAAGGAGAUCAAAGGCAUCGGCAGGAAUGCGUUCCCGUUCACAGCGGACGUGUCAAAUCGCCAAGAAGUGCAGAAGAUGGUUGAAGCGAGCGUGAAUGAGCUGGGGCCUCUCAACACCAUGGUCGCGAACGCAGGUAUUGCGCAGGUCAAGCCGCUUCUUGAUUUGACAGAGGAGGAUAUGAAGCGCAUGUUUGAGGUGAAUGUAUACGGCCUCUACAAUUGCUACUCCACCGCAGCAAAGCAGUUGAUCAAGCAAGGCAACGGCGGUAAGAUCCUCGGCGCUGCUUCCAUCGUCGCCUUCAAGGCCUUCCCGUUCCUGGCGCACUACAGCGCCUCCAAGUGGGCCGUUCGCGGCCUGACGCAGGCUUUUGCGAUGGAUUUGGCCACCCACAAAAUCACCGUCAACGCUUACGCCCCUGGGAUCGUCGGCACCGCCAUGUGGGAUCUGAUUGAUGAAGAGGUCGGGAAGAUGACAGGCCACAAGAAGGGUGAGACGAUCAAAAAGUACAGCGGCGAGCUGAUUGCGCUGGGAAGAACGAGUGUUCCCGAGGAUGUGAGUAGCACGGUGAGUUUUCUGUGCAGCCCCGAUUCGGACUACAUGACGGGUCAAACGAUCGUGAUUGAUGGCGGUAUCGUCUUCACGUAGGCAGAACAAUCGACGCAAGCGUUUUUCGUUCGCGGUCUACUAGCUAUGUCCCGUUUGCCUAUGCGCUUAAAAUGCUCACGCUCAUGCGUACGUGGAUGCGAUCCCGCCAAUCGAAUCUCAGCAGCGAAUGUGUCAAACAAUCGAAUGCUACCGAUAUAAGGAGGGACAUCACUACAUCGCUAAUUGCAGAACCCAU